UAUCGACUUGUCCGCCCACAAAACAAAAAAAAGAAAACCCUAAAGCUCUUUAGCCUCUCUCAUCAGUAAACGCUUCAGCACACUCUCCGAUGGCGAAGAAGGUUCUCAACCCUUUGGAAGAUCCACCAACCGCUUCUUCUUCAAGCGGCGACGAAGAAGUCGAGACCUUAUCUGGCGAAGAAGAUGUAGAACAGACCUCUAAUUCCUCGUCCUCCUCCUCCUCCUCUGAAGAAGAAGACGAUCCCAAAGAUCUCGCCACCCCUAAAACCCUUAAAACUCCCCCAGCCAAUGCUUCAAGUACCGAGUCUGAGGAUUCUGAGUCCGAAUCUGAACCAUCACCUGAGAAGACCAUCGCCGUCGUCGUCACCACCAAGCCCAAGAAAAACGAAUCUACUGCGGCGAAACCAGGGAAGAAGCGAGGGAGUGAAGCAGAGACGACCUCGAAGGACAUGCAUGUCAAAAAAGCCAAGAAAGUUUCAGGAGACGAUGAGAAAAAGCUUUUCCAGAGACUAUGGAGUGAAGAUGAUGAGACCUCCCUGUUACAAGGGAUGAUUGAUUUCAAAGCUGAGAAAGGUACAAGUCCUUAUGAUGAUAUGAAUGGUUUCUUUGAUAUGGCCAAGAACAACAUUAGCUUUGAUGUUAGCAAAAUCCAAUUCGGUGAUAAGAUUAGAUCUUUGAAAAAGAAGUAUUUUGCUAAACAGAAGAAGAAAAGUGGUUUAGAAUCGUCUCAUGAUAAGAAGUGUUUGGAGUUAGCUAAGUAUAUUUGGGGUUCUGAUGGGAAAUUGAAGAAAUUUGGUGGUGACAAUGUUGGAGAAGAGGUGAUUCUUGGAGGAGAUUCUGAGUCUUUGAGUUUGUUUGAGAAGUCUUUUCUGGUUCGGACCAUUGCGGGUCUUGGUGUGGAUGAGUUUUCUGUGAAAGAGAAGUGGAGUAAGGUGUCGUUGGAGACUAAGAAAAGGAUUGAAGAGAAGUUGAAGUUGGUGGAGGCCAAGGAAUAUGAGUUGUUGAGGUUGAAGAGUGACACUUUGAAGGAGGUGGCCUAUGUGAUGACUCGAGGCAUAUAAAGAAGAAGCAAGUUGGAUGUGUAUAGGUUUUAGCGGUUUUAAUCGCAGGUUUUAAUGGAGAUGAUGAUGCAAUGCCUCUUUUUGUUAUCUAUCUACGUUUCUGUUUUUUUAAGUCUUUUGGAUUCUUAUGUGAUGAUUAAAUUAAGAAGAAGAAGAAGAAGAAGAAGACAAAUUAGUUAUCUAAUUAGUCUUUUGGUCGACGAGCAAAGACUAUAUAUGUAAGCUUUGCAUUUUAACUCGUUUGUAAUGAGCGAAGACUAUAUAUGUAUGCUUUGCUUUUGCCUUUUUCUA